AUGGAUGUUUACCCAGAAGGGAGGGUCAGGCCCUCCAGCCUGUACCACCUGCACCCAGAAGAACUGGCAAACAACAAGAUCAGUAAGGAGAAUACUGAAGGCAAAGUGAGUACCACCCCAAGUGCAGCCCAGUCUGAGGAAGAAGUUGCAGAGCUGGAGCUUGAGGGAACAGCUCCGGCUCCCCUCGAAAACCUGCCAAUGUCAACAGCCCUCACAGAGGCCAGUGGGAAGCAUGCCUUUCCACCACGGAAGAAACCCCCUUCUCUCAAGCAAGUGAACACAGCAAGGAAGCAUUUGAGGCCAAAGACUACUCCUUCCAUGCUGCAGAGGAUGGCUUCCCAGCCUGCCCCCUCCAGUCCAGGCUUCUUCUUCUUUACAGAAAAUCCCCAUGUGCCAGGGGACCUGGCCUCUGGCGCCCUGGAGGGCAAACAUGGGACAGCUGAGCAACCCUCCUGGUUGGGACGGAAAGGAGGCGGUGGCCCCACUACCCCAGCCCCCUUGGAGAUCUCCCCCUAUACCUCCCUGCCACUCCUAGAACACACCUUGCUUCAAAGUCCAGAUGAGGCCGAGGCAUCAAUUCCCACAGCUCAGGAUGCUCCAGGGGAGGAUGGAGCCAGUCCCAUUCCUCUGAAGGAGAAGAUGGUAGAGAAUGAUCUGACCAGCUCAGCCUCAGAGGAGAGUCAAGAGACAACCACUUCCACCAUCAUUACAACCACAGUCAUCACCACAGAGCAGGCUCCAGCUCUCUGCAGCAUCACCUUCUCCGAUCCCGAGGGCUACAUAGAUUCCAACGACUACGCUCCACUGCCUCUGCACAGCUUCCUGGAGUGCACCUACAAUGUGACUGUCUAUACUGGCUAUGGGGUGGAGCUCCAGGUGAAGAGUGUGAACCUGUCUGAAGGAGAGCUGCUCUCCAUCCGAGGAGUGGAUGGCCCCAAUCUGAUGGUCUUAGCCAACCAGACCCUCUUGGUGGAGGGACAGGUGAUCCGAAGUCCAACCAAUACCAUUUCUGUCUACUUCCGAACAUUCCAGGAUGAUGGGAUUGGAACCUUCCAGCUUCACUACCAGGCCUUCAUGCUGAGUUGCAGCUUCCCCCGGAGGCCUGCCUUUGGAGAUGUUACAGUGAUGGACCUGCAUUCAGGCGGACUUGCUCAUUUCCACUGCUAUCUGGGGUAUGAGCUGCAAGGCGCCAAGACACUGACCUGCAUCAAUGCCUCCAAACCUCACUGGAGCAGCCAGGAGCCCAUCUGCUCAGCUCCCUGUGGAGGGAUUGUCCACAAUGCCACCAUCGGCCGAGUUCUCUCUCCCAGCUACGCUGGCAACAGCAAUGGGAGUCAAGUCUGUGUGUGGACCAUCGAGGCACCAGAAGGCCAGAAACUACACCUGCAUUUUGAGAGGCUCUCCCUGAGUGAGAAGGACAGGAUGGUUGUCUACAGUGGCCGGACCAACAAGUCAACUGUCCUCUAUGAUUCCUUCCAAACGGAGAAUGUUCCUUUUGAGGGCCUGCUGAGUGAAGGCUCUGCCAUCCGGAUCUACUUCAUGGCCGAAGAGGCCAGAGCCUCCACAGUCUUCAACAUCCGAUUUGAAGCUUUUGAGAAAGGCCACUGCUAUGAGCCCUACAUCCAAAACGGUAACUUCACAACCUCAGACCCAACCUACAACAUUGGAACCACGGUGGAGUUCACCUGUGACCCUGGUCACUCUCUGGAGCAGGGACCUGCCAUCAUUGAGUGUAUCAAUGUCCGGGACCCUUACUGGAAUGAUACAGAACCCUUGUGCAGAGCCAUGUGUGGUGGGGAGCUGUCCACUGUAGCUGGAGUCGUGCUGUCCCCAAACUGGCCCGAGCCCUAUGCUGAGGGAGAGGACUGCAUCUGGAAGAUUCACGUGGGAGAAGAAAAGAGGAUUUUCCUAGAUAUUCAAUUCUUAAAUCUGAGUAACAGUGACAUCCUGACCAUCUAUGAUGGAGAUGAGGUCAUGUCCCACAUCCUUGGGCAGUACCUGGGCAACAGUGGACCUCAGAAGCUCUACUCCUCUAGCCCAGACCUCACCAUCCAGUUCCACUCAGAUCCUGCUGGCCUCAUCUUUGGAAAGGGCCAAGGGUUUGUCAUGAGCUACAUAGGUUGCACUGGACGGUCCUGGCGCUGGGAUCCCCACCCUUCAAGGGCAAGGCCACGGAGACCACCGCUCGAGCCCCACGGACUGGUCCGGCCCGCCCGCUCUGCGCCUCCGCGGAGCCUCGGCUGCCUUCUCCUCCUCCCCUGCCCAGGCACCCUGCGCGCUCCCGCGCCUAGCAGUGCGCGCCCCCUCCCCUCACCUCCCUCCUCGUCCCCGCCCCCCGUCACCGCCUCUCCAAUCGUGGCCCGGGACCGGCGCGGCGCAUUGUGGGAGUUGUGGUCCCUCCCCCGCCCGGCUCCGCGGAGCGAGCGCAGCGGCAGCAACCGGGUCGGGGCCGGGGAGGCGGCGGCGGCGGUGGAGGAAGAGGAGGCAUCCCGGUUCAGCGGCGGAGGGGGGAAGGAGGAGGAGGAGGAGGGGGCGGCCGGGCGGGCCGAGGGCGGACUCAGCCCCCGGCCCGGGGUGCGGCCGGAGCCAGGUUGCCGAGAACCAAGUGCUUUGUAA